UCAGCUCUCCUGUGGGUGCUGUCUCCUCAGCUCUCCUGUGGUGCUGUCUCCUCAGCUCUCCUGUGGUGCUGUCUCCUCAGCUCUCCUGUUGUGCUGUCUCCUCAGCUCUCCUGUGGUGCUGUCUCCUCAGCUCUCCUGUGGGUGCUGUCUCUGCAGCUCUCCUGUGGUGCUGUUCCCGGUAGCGGCAUGGUCUACGCCCAAUCAACAGACAGCAUCAAGCCAUCCCUCCUGCCCCUCCUCUCCCCCUCCUUUACCCUCCCCAUGACCUUUAACCUCUCAGACAGGGGCAACACCAGUUCAGCGACACCCUCCAUCUGGAACCACGACGCCCUCUCUUCCUCCUCCUCCUCUUCCCCCUCCGGCCUCCAGAACACCACCCAGGUGUGGUAUGAACUCACCCCAGCGGAGGUGGCUGUUCUGGGGCUGGUGUUCAGUCUCCUGUGGUUGGUGUCCAUCCUGGGUAAUGUUCUAGUGUGUGUCGUGAUCCACCGUAGCAGAAGGAGUCAGUCCACUACCAACUACUUUGUGGUGUCCAUGGCCUGUGCCGACCUGUUGCUGUCCCUGGGCUGUGCUCCCUUCAUCCUCCUCCAGGUGACCUGCGGGGGCUGGCCUCUCAGCGCUGCCGCCUGUAAGGCUGUUCGUUACCUGCAGCACCUGUGUCCUGGUGUCCAGGUGUAUGUUCUGCUGUCCAUCUGUGUGGACCGGUUCUACACCAUUGUGUACCCACUGAGCUUCAAGGUGUCCAGGGAGAAAGCGAAGAGGAUGAUCCUGGCCUCCUGGAUGUUGGACGCCGCCUUCGUCUCUCCCUGUCUUUUCUUCUACGGCUCGGAGACGGCGGCGGCGGACGGGGGAGGGCACUGUGACUUCUUCCUGCCGGCGGGAAGCUGGGAUGGCGUUCUGUACGGUUCCGUCCACCUGCUCCUGGGGUUCCUGGUCCCAGCUGUCCUCAUCGUGUGGUUCUACCAGCGCGUGGUCCACUACAUCUGGAGGAUCGGCGCCGACGGACACACGGUCAGGAGAACCAUGAACAUCGUCCCCAGGACUAAAGUGAAGACCAUCAAGAUGUUUCUCAUGCUGAACGUGGUGUUCCUCCUCACCUGGACCCCUUUCUACGUGGUCCAGGUGUGGCACCCUAGUGAGGCCCCGGGCCCCAGCAGACAGGGGGCUCUGGUGUUCUGCUGUGUGGUCUGGGUGUCGUUCAGCUCCGCCGCCUCGAAACCCUCGCUCUAUUCCGUCUACAACGCUAACUUCAGACGCGGCAUGAGGGAGACCUUCUGCACGUCCUCUAUGAAGUGUUACCGUAGCAACGCCUACACCAUCACCGCCAGCUCCCGCAUGGCCAAGAGUAACUACGUGGGAGUGGUGGAUAUCCCCGUGGCGACCAAGACGACGCUCACCAAAGACUCCGUCUACGACACGUUUGACCGCGAGGCCAAGGAGAAGAAGCUGGCCUGGCCAAUCAGAGCCAACCCUCCCAACCCUCCCAACACCUUCAGUCUGAUGAGAGGGGAGGGAGACAGGGUUUAA